GGUGAGUCUAGACGGCGCAUUGGUUGCUCAACGCCCCACCUGCGAGACAGAAUAUGUAGCACAUCUAUCAGCAGCAGAGAACGACCCUCAAACACCCUCCUGGCCCCUUGGUCCUUCAAACUUCGCUUUUCUUGUCGUAUUCCGCCGCAUCUUUCAGCAUGGCAACUGAACGGCUCCAAACUUACGAGCAGAAGCCCCGCGUCAUCAUCUUGUCUGACAUCUCCAAUGAGCCCGAUGAUGCCGAAUCGCUGUGUCGAUAUCUUCUCUACUCGAAUCAGUUUGAGACUGAAGGCCUGAUAGCAUGCACCAGCACGUGGAUGAAGAACAAGGUGUGCCCACAGGAUAUGGAAAAGAUCAUCGAUGCCUACGCAGGUGCCGUGGAUAAUCUGAACAAACAUGUCCACCCCAAGUGGCAGUACCCGGCUGCGCAUCAUUUGCGUGGUCUCGUCAGAAAAGGCGCUGAGACAUAUGGCAUGUCUGCUGUUGGUACGGGAACCCCGCUAUCUGAGGGUGGACAACUCUUGUACGACAGGAUUGUCGCACCCUCAACACAGCCGCUAUGGAUUCUUUGCUGGGGCGGAACCAACACGCUUGCUCAGGCGCUCCUGAAGGUGGAUGAUGACUACGAUCCGGAAGAUUCCAAACGGCUCCUUUCGCGCCUGCGAGUCUACGCCAUUUCUGACCAAGACGACACGGGAGCUUGGAUCCGCAACAACUUCCCUGAUAUAUUCUACAUUGCCUCGGUCCAUGGCUGGAACCAGUACGCCCUGGCAGCAUGGACAGGCAUUUCUGGCGACAAAUUCUACGGCUUCGACCAAGGCGGUCCCGACUUUACGAAAAUGGAAAAGAGCUGGAUCAAGCAGAACAUCCAAAUAGGUCCUCUGGGAAGCGCAUAUCCUGAUUAUCUUUACAUUGCUGAGGGCGACACACCCACAUUUCUGUACCUCAUUCAAAACGGCCUGGGUGUCCCUGACUGUCCCAACUACGGCUCCUGGGGUGGGAGAUAUGGUCGCACAGACAUCAGCAUUGAGGGGGCCAAUAGCAACCACUACAGCGAUGCAGUGGACCGAGUCACGGUCGGCGGUAGGACUUAUACAUCCAACCAUGCGACUAUCUGGCGCUGGCGCGAUGCCUUCCAGAAUGACUUUGCUGCCCGCAUCAAAUGGACCAUGGAGUCCGAUUUUGCAAAAGCAAACCAUCAUCCCGUCAUUAACAUCAGUGGCUUCAAGGGUCUUGCCCCAGCCCAGGUCACUGCGGAAGCUGGAUCUACUGUUACGCUCGAUGCCUCUGCGACGUACGAUCCAAACGGCGGUAUGCUAACCUUCAAAUGGUGGCACUACCGCGAACCUACAGUCACACAGUCGUGGGUAGACAUGGAAGUAGCAGAAUUGGCCAUUAAGAAGCUAGACGAUGAAGGAAGAAAGGUCCAAGUUACGCUUCCACCACCAGAGAAGUGCGCUGUAGAGCUGAUGAGCAAACAACCCGUUGCUCAGGGACAGUUGCUGCAUCUCAUACUCGAAGUCACUAAUGACGGAACGCCCAACCUGACAAGCUACCGAAGAGUUUUGAUUCAGGCAACAAACAAGGAGUUGAGAGGUGGUAAGGGGGCUGAUACGACUGUGGAGGCGACGGAGAAGGCGUAAUCUGAACAAAAGUACUGGCUAUGUAUGUAAGCCGAUCAGCAGGAUAUCUUCAAUCGGACAAAAUUAAUUAUAUGUUUAAUUUCGC